AUGGCGCCGGCUACAGCUCAGGCUCGAGCCCGGGUCCGGCCGGCAAGACAAGACACGGACCCCGGCGGGGCUGGCGCCCAAGAACCUGGGAAGGGGCAGGGCCGCCGAAAGACAGUUGGGAGGCGGAGUUGGCCAUUGAGCGUGCACAGGGACCCCGCUGCCGCGCUAAGUGCGGCGGCAAAGAGCAGUGGAGCACCUCCCCUUCCAGAAGAAAGUAGGAGAGCCGGUUUAAUGCAAAAUACUGAGGAAGCGCUUUUGUCCUACUUCCGCUUUUUUCUUUAUCUCAAAGGAAGAUCCGGUUGUGGCACCUCCUACGCCACACCUUGUGUUGGGAAAUGGGAGCGCAAACUAAUCUUCAAAGUCCAGAGGCGUCUCUCAUCUCCUCUCCUUGGGGUAGGUUGGUGGGUAGAGAAGGCCGCCGUUGGAACGCGGCCUUCAGCAGUCUUAGGUCAGACUGAGGAGCCUACGGCACUAAAGCCUUUCAAGCCCCAACCCAUUCUAAGCACAUGUCUUGAGCUGGAUGCAAGAGACACUGAGGUAGAUGACAUGCUCCUCGGUACGUUCAGACCAGCCGUAUACAGUGUUCAUAGCCUGCCUACCAAGAGACAAAAGUUUCUCAGUCAGUUGGGAAUUCAUAAUCUUCCCUGCCAGGUGUCCAGUGGAAUCCUGUCCUAUAUUCUGGAGCAGGUUCUGGAAUCAUUUGCUUCACAAGUAAGCUACAAACUCAGAUAA